CUCAGGGCCAGUACGCGUCUGACCGCGCCGCUGAAAGCAUCCUUACGUUAGUUACACGCACCAUCUCGUCGAGCUGCGGAGCCGGUUCUUCACGGAACAAGAUGCCGAAUUGCCCAAAGUGCGACAAGCCUGUGUACUUCGCCGAGAGGAAGACAUCCUUAGGCAAAGAUUGGCACGGUUCGUGUUUACGCUGCGAGAAAUGCAAUAAGACCCUAACACCCGGAGGUCAUGCCGAGCACGAAGGGAAACCCUACUGCAAUCACCCUUGCUAUUCAGCCCUGUUCGGUCCAGGAGGUUUCGGACGUGGCGGUGCUGAGAGUUACGUUUACAAUAAGUAAGGCAUAAAUGUAAAGGCAGCAAUAUCUUAGGGUUAAAACAAUUGUACAAUUUCAAGGGAGCUGAUAUACAAAAACUUAAGAUAAUAAUUCUGGUUAUUUACAUAUACGGAAAUAUCUCUAUUUUCUAUGAAUGUUUAAAGAAUGUAUACGUUAUUAAAUAUAAAGCAGUACUUUAUACGAAAAAAAUCUGUUUUAUAUUUAUUUUAAUUUUUAUUUAAUUAGCUUGGUAUUAACUUUACCUUGAUUAAAGUAUUCUAUAUGGAUGAUACAUGUAAUAUAGCAGUAUCAUACAUCGAGCUGUAUAACGUUGAUAAAUGAGAGAUGCACGUUCGCGGCUGGAGAUGAGUUGCCAUCAGAUAUAUAGCAUGCGGAAAAUAAAUUUUUCAUAUAUUAAAAUAAUUAAUAUAAUGCAACCA